UAUUACCCGAAAAGAAAAGCAAACGCAGAAGCCAUCGUUGCAAAGGAGUGACCAAAACCAAACAUGUCCUCCCUUCGAAACGCCAUUCCCAGUCGUGCUCACAAAGAGCGUUCUCAACCGUCAGCGAGGAAAAAAUUCGGCUUGCUCGAAAAGCAUAAGGAUUAUGUCCAACGUGCUAAAGCAUUCCACAAGAAAGAGGAUACUUUACGGAAACUUAGGGAAAAAGCAGCUAAUAGGAAUGAAGAUGAGUUUUACUUCAAGAUGGUUAGAACAAAAACAGUUGAUGGAGUUCACAGACCAGAGAGUGAAGCAAAUAAGUACACUCAGGAAGAGCUUAUGCUUAUGAAGACGCAGGACAUGGGUUACAUUCUUCAGAAGGUUCAGAGUGAGAGAAAGAAAAUUGAAAGGCUAACUGCCUCGCUACACUCUAUUGAUAAUCAACCUGCAAACAAACAUGUUUUCUUUGCUGAGGAUAGGGAAGAGGCUAAAGAGUUACAAUCAAGAUAUUCAAAAAGUGAAAUUCCUCUUACUAUCGAUAAUAUUCCUACUGGCAUUAAAAGGAAAACAGAUCGGUCUUAUAAAGAGUUGGAAGCAAGAAAAGAUAGACUCAGCCAACUAGAGAAAAUCUACAUGGAUAUGGCAAUGAAGAAGGAGUUGCAGAAAAAUGGUAGGAAACGCAAACUAACUGAGGAUGAGAUUGUCUGUCCAACUAGUCAACCAGUGUACAAGUGGCGUGCUGAAAGAAAACGAUGAUUGAGUUCUUUUUGGCCAUUUUACCAUUUAGCACAAUGAUUAAAUACUUGUGGGUUGGGUCCGAGUAGUCCAAUGAAGAAGGCGAUUUUACAUAUAGAGAGGAAGCAUCAACUUUUGUAGCCGCAGAAUAGAAAGUCAUAGAUUAAUACGAUUAAUUGGGAUCACUAUUGGUGCCAAUAAUCUUGUUUACAAUUCCUUUAUCAUGUAACCAUUUUGUUUACUCUUUUGAGUAUUCUUCUUUGAUGUUGUGGCGACUAAAUUAAGAUAUAUUACAUUUUCAUGUUAUUGUGCAACUUUUCCAUG